AUGAACAUCGCAAUGCUCGGUACGGGUUACGUGGGGCUGGUGGCGGGGAGCUGCUUCGCCGAGACCGGCAACGACGUGGUCUGUGUCGACAUCGACGAGGCGAAGAUCGAGCAGCUCCGGCAGGGUCGCGUUCCCUUUUACGAGUUGGGGCUCGAGGAGCUGAUUCAACGCAACACCCGGGAAGGCCGGCUGGCCUUUUCCACGGAUCUGGCCGAGGCCGUACGGCGUCGCGGAGGCCAUCUUCAUCGCGGUGGGUACGCCCCAGGUGUCGGCGGGCGGGGCCGACCUGAGCCAGGUGUUCGCGGUGGCGGAGGACAUCGCACGGGCGAUGAACGGCGGCAAGAUCGUGGUGACCAAGAGCACGGUGCCCGUGGGCACGGCGGCGCGGGUCAAGGAGAUCAUCGAAGCCGGGACCGACCAUCCGGUGGCGGUGGUGUCGAAUCCCGAGUUUCUGAAGGAGGGGACGGCGGAGAGGAUUUCAUGAAGCCGGACCGGGUGGUGCUGGGCGGUGAGGAUGCCGGCUCGCUGGAACGCCUCAAGAAUCUGUACGAGCCGCUCGUCCACAGGGGGAACCCCAUCAUCGUCACGGACUCCCGCAGCGCCGAGAUGAGCAAGUACGCCUCCAACGCGAUCCUGGCCACCAAGAUCUCGUUCAUCAACGAGACCGCGCGGCUGUGUGAGAAGGAAGGGGCGGACAUCGAGCAGGUCCGGCGCAUCAUGGGUCUCGACCACCGCAUCGGGCCUCACUUCAUCUUUCCCGGCAUCGGCUUCGGCGGGUCGUGCCUGCCCAAGGACAUUCGCGCGAUGAUCGCCAUGGGGGGAGACGAGUUGGAGAUGCCCUUGCUUGAGGCCGUGGAUCGGGUCAACGAAACCCAGAAGGGCCUGCUGCUGGAGAGAGUCAAGACGCAUUUCGGCGAGGCGUUGGCGGGGAGCACGCUGGCGGUUUGGGGCCUGUCGUUCAAGGCCCGCACUGACGACAUGCGGGAAGCUCCGGCGAUCCGGGUCAUCGACGGGUUGCUGCGGGCCGGAGCGCGGGUGCGGGCAUUCGAUCCCGAGGCUACGAAACAGGCGCGGCAGCGCUAUGGAGACAGGAUUGAAUACGGCGUCAACAACUAUGAGGUUGCCGCGGGUGCUGACGCGGUGCUGAUCCUGACGGAAUGGAACGAGUUUCGCAGUCCGGAUUUCGCACGCCUGAAGGAGCUGCUGCAUCAGCCGGUGGUUUUCGACGGCCGCAACCUCUAUGACCCCGCGGUGAUGCGGCAACACGGUUUCAUCUAUUAUUCCAUAGGACGUGGUCGUGGAUAG